AGGAAAGCUGAAGCCCAGAGGAAUUGGCCCCACUGGACAGAUCGGUCCCUCCUCAAAAGCUUUGCGGACCCCGAGGAGCUCCAGAGCGAUGGGGAUCCCUCGGUGCCGUCACCCCGGGAGCGGCGGGCGGCACAGUUGAGCAUCUACAAGAACAGCAGAUGCCGGAUGGAAACCUGCUUUGACUUCUCCAGAUGUGAGAAGCACGGCUUCAGAGUGUUCACCUACCCCCGGCACAGAGACCAGCCCGUCUCAGAGAGUUACAGCAAGAUCCUCACCUCCAUUGAGCGCUCUCGCUACUACACCCCAAACCCCGAGGAAGCCUGCCUCUUCAUCCUCAGCAUCGACACGCUGGACCGCGACCAUCUCUCGGGUCAAUACGUCCAUAAUGUUGACGAGAAAAUCCGUGGCUUUCCACUGUGGAACAGUGGCCGCAACCACCUCAUCUUCAACCUCUACUCAGGCACCUGGCCCAAUUACACCGAGGACCUGGGCUUUGACAUCGGCCAGGCCAUCCUGGCCAAAGCCAGCUUCUACACGGAGAGCUUCAGGCCUGGCUUUGACAUCUCCAUCCCUCUCUUCCCCAAGGACCACCCGCAGCGUGGCGGGGAGAGGGGGUGGUUGUAUCAGGACUUGGUCCCCCCAAAAAAGAAAUACUUGCUGGUGUUCAAGGGGAAGCGGUACCUGACUGGCAUCGGCUCCGGCACCAGGAACGCGCUGCACCACAUCCACAACGGGAAGGACAUCAUCUCACUCACCACCUGCAAGCACGGCAAGGACUGGGAGAGGCACAAGGACACGCGCUGCGACAAGGAUAACGUCAACUAUGAAAA